AUGCUCCAGCAAUUUCUUGGAUUAGCCAAUUACAUACGCGAAUAUGUUUCUAAUCUCGCUAAUGUAAUUAAUGGCUUGACGCUUAAGGUUAGUGAUAAAGUGCCCUGGGUUUUGACACUUGAAGAUGCUAACUGUGUUAAGCGGACCAAAGUCUUGACAAAGCAAUUAAAACCUUUAAAACUCCCAGAAGAUGAAGAUAAGCUCAUUAUAGAAAGUGAUGCAUCUCACUUGUAUUGGGGGGGGGGGAGGGGGGUGCUUAAGGCUAAGGGUACUGAUAAUAUUGAACGGAUUGUUCGAUAUGCAUCAGGAAAUUUCUCUCCUGCUGAAAUAAACUAUCAUGUCCAUGAGAAGGAAGUUUUAGCAGCGAAAGAAUACAUUUUGCAGAAGAUUUGCAGGAUAAUGGCGGACAAGAAGGAAACUGGAAAUCACUUCUCAUGCUCCAAGUGUAAGCAACGAGGACACUUGAGAAGGAACUGCCCUUGGAGGAUUACUUCUACUUCAAAGGUUAUUGCUAAAAAGGAAAAAACUGUAGAUAAGCAGGUGGCUUCUUCUUCUAAGCAGGUUACUACUGUAAAGCAGGUUGAAGGAAAGAAUCGUGACUAUGAUUCUGAUACUUCGGAUAGAAGAAACCCAAAAUUUCAACGAUUGAAGGGUGAAACUUCUAUGAAGAGAAAUACUUUUGAAAAGAGAGUUACUCUUAAGAAGGAAACGACUCAUAAAAAAGGAAUAGUUUGCUAG